AUGGUUCGUUGGAGUGAUACGUUUUGGGGUGAAGGUAAUCGAGGUUUUGAGGUCUUAUCCACAAAUGUGAAGAAUGGAGCGAUCGCCAUCGAAGAAUUUCAGCGAUUUCUCAAUGAAAGUUCACAAUAUGAAUCAGCAUAUUGUAAAAAUCUAUCUCGUUUACAAUCACAAUUAUUGAAAGUGCAACAUGUUGGAACAUUCACACCAAUCUGGCAGUCAAUACGGGAUCUGCUGGAAAAAAUUGCCUUGGCACAUUCAUCGACUGUCACUUACUAUCAAGAUCUACUACGCGAAAUACAUAAUUAUCAUGAUUUGUACCAGAAGAAGGUGAAAACAUCGAUACAGAAGGAUAGUGAUAUUACUCGUACGGCUGAUCUCGUUUCGCAGUUGAAUAAUGCAUUGAAUACGCUCAAUAAAGCGAAAGAACAGUAUCAUACGAUUGGUUUAGACUACGAACGAGCGAAACGUUCAGGAAACAAUCUAACGAAUGGUACAUCCACACCAACACCACAAGAUACCACAACAUCAGCGAGUAGUCUAGCUCAAACUGCGUUCAAUACGUUAACGUCAACAACGAGGCAAUUCGAACGUUUAGAAAAAAAGUACCGACAAGCACAUGAUGAUUAUAAAGCAUCGGUGGAAAAGUACAAUUCAAUACGAACCGAAUUCGAAAAACGUUUCUAUGAAGGCAAAUUCUAUUGA